AUGCAGAAUUCCACGUGUUUGAGUUACUCUGUGACACAGGGUUCAACCUCUGUCACAUGUCUUUUGGGAAAGAGAUUCGACGAGCCGAGGACAGCCGAGGCCUUCAGCAAGUUCUUCUAUGCAGAUAUGCCAAUCCCAGCAGGGUACAACCUGGUGGCGGGUACGAGGAGUUACGUGAAGAUGACCCUGAAAACCAUUACUGGAAAUGCUGCUGAGACUGCGUGCAAGCAAGAUCACGCUGAACUGGUCUCUUCCAGCAAUGAAGCGGUGUACAACUAUACGAAGCAGCUAUGGAAGAAUCAGGCAUCUAGUCUCAAUAUAUUGGUUGGUGGGCAGAGUUCAUUGAGCGCCUAUUAUGUCGCAUUCCCAGAUGCAUACAUCAUGAACUGCGGAUGGGUCCACAACCUACUUAAAGAGGAGUUGACCAAUGCCUUAACUUCGUUGGAAUUAGACACUAGUCGCUGUUUACGUAACGCUUUAAAGUUUCCAAAGUAG